AUGUUCUCCUCCUCCACCAAGCUCGCUCUCUUCGCCACGGCUCUCGCCGUCGUCGGUGUCCGCGCCCAGGAGCCCAACUGCGCGCGCAACUACACGGUCCACCUCGGGGACACCUGCGACGCCAUCUCGGCCAAGACGAACGUGUCCACGUACCAGCUCGCGACCGUCAACGCGGACAAGAUCGACGCCGCGUGCGACAACCUGGCCCUCGGGGAGCCGCUGUGCCUCGGGAUCGUCGGCGAGGACUGCGACGUGACGCACGUCGUGGUAUCUGGGGACUCUUGCGCUGCGAUCGCGGGGGCGGCGGGGACGACGACGGAUGUCCUGCUUGCGAACAACCCGAACGUCAAUAGCGACUGCACGAACAUCUACCCUGGGGAGGUUUUGUGCACGGCGACCGAGGUGAUCGUGGAGUCUUCGUGA